AUUCACAAUAUAGCAUAUCUAAAGGGAGGAGGGUCGUGAAAGUCUAUGGGCCUUACUAAAAGGUCAAGUCUUCAAUCAAAUUUUAAUCAAACUGGUCCCAUUCCCAUAUCACAUUCACAUAUCACCCCUGUUUCUCAUGGAACCAAAGGGCUAAAAAAAAAACCAAAAAAAAAAAAAAAAAUCCCCCAAUUCACCAAAGAGGUGCCCACCAAAAGCAGACAUGGCAGAGAGCAAGCCGGCUGAAAUCAAGGACUUCCAAAUUAUCAUUGCCAACAAAGAAGAUGCCAAUAAUAAUACGAAGAAGCAGCAAUUAGCCCCCAAGAGGAGCUCCAACAAGGAUAGGCACAAGAAAGUUGAUGGCAGAGGAAGGAGGAUAAGGAUGCCAGCUCUUUGUGCUGCCAGGGUCUUUCAGUUGACCAGAGAAUUGGGUCACAAAUCCGAUGGAGAAACAAUCCAGUGGUUGUUACAGCAAGCCGAGCCGUCGAUUAUUGCGGCCACCGGAACCGGGACAAUCCCGGCCUCCGCUCUGGCGGCUGCAGGGUCCUCUGUUUCUGAACAGGGGAACUCUGUUUCCUCUGCUUUGCAUACAAGGAUGGAAGAUUUAGGGAGGGCUAAUUGGGCAGUCAUGAGUGGGAAUUUGGGUAGAUCUCAUGGGAUUUGGCCUGGAAUUGGUGGAUUUGGGUCGGGGUUUUUUCCGAAUUCCGGUCAGUCAACGACGAGUUUCGGAGGUGAAAACGCCAACAUGUUGUUGCCUAAGUUUGGAUUCCACGGCUUUGACUUCCCUCCUGGUGUGAACUUGGGUGCAGUGAGUUUCAACACAGUCAUAGGUGGAGGAAACCAACAAGUUCCGGGGUUGGAGCUUGGCCUUUCGCAAGACGGCCAUAUUCGGGUUUUAAAUUCGCAGACUUUGGCUCAGCUUCAGCAGCAACAGCAGCAGAUGGGGCAAAGAUCUAGUGGUGGUGAUGGUGGUGGAGACUCCUUGGUUCCGAGGCAUCGGUCUCCCGAGAAAGACGAUUCUCAAAGUAGAUGAUGAGGAAAAGAAGAUCAUAUCAUGGUUUCUAGUUCUUGUAUAGAUUAGAAUUGGGACUUGCAGGGUUGAUUAAGUUCAUCUCCUUUAGGUUCUUUUACUCGUGUUUUCUCUCCAACACAAACAGACGAGUGUUGUAGUUUAUGUCAAAGUUUUUUUUUUUUUUUUUUUUUUUUUUUUCAAGUGUUGAGUUUAGUAGAGAAAGUAGUUGAGAGUUUGGAUUGGAUUUUUUGUUUCUUAUUCGUUUUUUGAGGAGUGUAAUUGUAGCUAAAUGACUUUAAUUGCUGUGAUAGCCAAUUUGCCUCUCUUUUUGCUCAUCUUAGUGGACCUUAUUUAGUUUAAAAUAUCAACUAGGGUGUAUUAUAAUCAGAUACUUUGUACUAGAGAAAUAUAUUAUCCUAUCAAAACAAGGAG